AUGGAGAAUUUAAUAUCGCCGAUGGACAUGCUCCAGGACUCCACAUCGGUGGAUGUCCCGCAGCUCACCAUCUCCCCGGCGGACACUUCACUAGAUAGCCCGGCUCCCGAGGAAGUCAAAGCCGAAAAAGGCACCUUGACAGAAGAGAAGAAGCCGGUGAAGAAGAGGAAAUCAUGGGGCCAGGAACUUCCCACCCCCAAGACCAACUUGCCUCCUCGCAAGCGGGCAAAAACCGAAGAUGAAAAAGAGCAGCGUCGUAUUGAACGUGUUCUCCGCAAUAGAGCCGCGGCACAGACCUCGAGAGAGCGGAAACGCCUCGAGGUAGAGAAGUUGGAAGGCGAGAAACAAAAGAUGGAGCAACAGAAUCAGUUCCUGCUACAGCGACUCGCGCAGAUGGAGGCGGAAAAUAACCGUCUGAAUCGCCAAGUCGCGCAGCUGUCAGCUGAAAUCCGCGGUUCUCGCGGUACCACGCCCAAAUCUGUAGUCGACACCACCUCUCCAACACUCACUCCUACAUUGUUCAAACAAGAAGGCGAAGACUUGACCAUGGACAAGAUUCCUUUCCCUACUCCCUCCAUUUCCGACUACUCUCCCAGCAUCAAACUUGAAGAUCUGGCUGAAUCCUCCGACUUGACACAACAUCCUGCAGCGGUGUUGUGCGACCUGCAGUGUCAGUCGAAGGAUUCGAAGGAUCUUCAAGCUUUGGAGUCGGUUAUGUCGAGUCCUCCCAGUCAGGCGUGGAACCCAGCGCUACGAAUGGUGCUGCUACAGCUCCUCUUUCUGACGAUGACUUCCGCCGCCUAUUCAACAGUGAUUCUCCCUCUGAGUCAGAUUCUGAACUCCAUCAAAGCGGGCUCCCCUUUGACUUUCUCGACGGAGGAGACGUAUCGGCAUUUGCCUUUGAUUCAUUGGUUGAUUUCGACCCGGAGCCUGUCGUCGUCCUCGAAGACGACGUCGACUCGUCGACCGGUCCUUCGAAUGAGAGUGCUCACCCGACUUCUGGCGUGCAGCCCAGCCUUGGCGCGUCCACUUCGAGAUGCGACGGGCAAAGCAUUGCAGCUAGCGGUUGAAGGAGCAACUCUUCGUCAGACCCGGUCAACGACCAUCGACGGCGUAGUCGGGACUUCACAGAGCUGGGAGUCGUUAUUGACCAUGGCAUGGGCCAUUGAUUGGAUUAGUCGUACCAGCCGUCACCAGCGACGGGGGACCGGGCAACAGAAGAGGGCGCCUUUCACACCGCGGCGAAAAUUACUCAUGAAACGAAACCACGACACUGGAGCAAGCAAGCGGAGUUCACGGAGUUUUGGGUUGGAUAAGUUCACGUCCAUUCUUGGGAAGCCACCCUCAGAUAGCUUUAUCCUGGCUAUCCGGGAUAAGUUGCCUCAGCCUGGCCGCCGCCGAACUGACCGCGUCACAGCCAGCCUUAAAAUGCCAGUCCGGGAUCCCAUUUUCGAAGCUCGCACCAAUGUGAAGCUGCAUUCCAACCGGCUCAAGAAAGAAGCCGCCCGCGCCGAAGCAACCUUCAAAUCUGAAAAGGCUAAAGCCGACAAAGCCAUGAAAAACCACGAAUUCCAAAUCGCCCGCAUCCACGCUGGUUCCGCCGUGCGCGAAAAGAAGCGUCAAGUCAACCUCAAAGCCGAAGCGGCGCGUGCCGACGUGAUAAUCAAUGAACUGAAAGCCGCCCAGUCGACGCGGGAUACGUCGCGGACUCUGGCCCUUGCAUCGCGCGGUCUAGAUGCGGCGUCGAAGAGCGUCAAUUUAGAGCACCUGCUAGCGCAUGCGAAUAAUUUUAUGGCUCGCUCGGAGGACUUUAAGAUUGCGAGCAAUGCUAUCUCGGAUGUGGCUCAGGGGGUCUCGCAGCAGGAGUAUGGUGCGGAGGGGGAGUCGGAGGUGGAUAAGAUGAUGGAGCAGUUGGCUGAUAAUGCCGGUGUGGAUUUGAGGAUGGCGCUGGACGCUGAUGUUGCGGCAGCUCCCAAGGAAGAUGUGAAAGAAUCUGCUGCUGCCAGUAAGCAUGCUGAUGCUGACGUGGAGGAUGCCCUUGGGGCGAGAUUGAGGGCUUUGCGUGCCGAGGGUUGA